AUGGUGGAGGGCACUGCUGCCGCCAUUGCGUUCGUGGCCAUCGUUGUGUCGGCCACGACACCGACGGCACCAACAUGCUACCAUGUCGACGACCCCCAGAGUACACUAGCCUCGACAUUGUGGUCUCUUGGCAACAUCAACUCAUCAGAGGCGUUUCGCGGCAUGUCCUCUGUCUUGCCGACAUCGCUGUCCCAUUGUCUCGGCGCCGUAGAUGCCACAAAAUUCUUGGCACUCGGGAUGGAAACGCUGAAUCAGGACGUGUGCGCCCGGUCGAUGCAGUGGCUCCAGACGCCCUCUCCGUCGACCACACGCGCACCUCCAAGUUCCGAUUUUUCCAAUGGCGUCAUGGAGUUGCUGGGUUCCAUGGAUGACGUCUACUUUGAGACAAUUUGCAGUCCUCUGGAUUUCAUUGCCCCUUGCCUUCAGUACAUUGUACUUCCCAAGGUAAUUCUUGUCCUCACCGCUGAGCCAUGUUGUGCCAACGCAUUAGUCAGCACCGUGGCGCUUACUGGUGAAUCGUUGUACUCAUUCCUGACAAAGCUGCUGCGCCACGCCGUGGAUAUCGUGUGCUCGACUCAAUCGCCAGGGUUCCAUGACCAGCAAUCCCAGACGUGUGGUUACACAUUCCUUCAGAGUUUCCUUGCCCCCACGGGUAAUGAGUUCCUCAUGGCGGCCUUGUAUGCCUUGAAUGCCCUCCAGAUUCCCAACGACCAAGGCCACUUAGCUGUCAUGGGUCAGCCGUUUACCACCACCACUCGCGAAUCCGUGGAGCUUUUUCAAGCUCCGAUGGUGCCUUCAACAUGCGCCAUCCCAAUUGACUCGAUGUUUUCGUGGGUCCGGUCGUUUCCCAUGCUCCCUUCGAUAGUGGCCAACGUGAGCUUGGAUCGAUUGUUCGACGACAACAAGUGUGUACCAGGAGACGAGUUCCUCCAAAUUUUUACUCAAGCAUUUCCUGCCACCUUUUCCAACGACACACUUCCGCUCAUUCAGGUCCUCGUCGGGCGGGCGUGCUUUCACUUUGCCAACGGCUAUGCCGCCAACGUAGUUGGACCACCGCUUCAGCUGUUCACAAACACACUGCCAGUUAUCACUGGGACGAACCCAACGACGUCGGCGGUUCCAACCACGACACCAUCUCCGACCCAAGGCCAAAUGUCUAAGGCGCAGUCAUUGCGUGCAUCGCUCGUGGCCCUGGCUGUGUUGCUUGGAAGUGAGUGCUUGUAAUCAGUACAUUCAAGACUCAUUCAACCAGACAGUGUGGCUUGGACUUGUCGCAGACAUCGAUGGAGCCUCUGUCGUCUCAGUUGAGUGCAUUCGUUUGUUGCGUAUAGGCUUGAAAGUGCAAACAACGACGUGGAACGCCUUCGUCGACGACUGCCGUCAGAGAUGGCACUGUUUUGUGGCUGGACAUUGCGGAGAACUCGCCGAUCCAGCGGUGAGCUAGCCUGAGGGUCGACGUGACCUCGAGUGUGGGUGUCACCAUUGUGGUGUAUCUAUGAUGCCAUCGAAC